GCAGGAAAUGCCUUUGCAAAAUAUUGCCAAAUUCCAUGUCAGUGGUGUAUUAGUGUGGGUGUAUCAAUAUUAAUACACCCACAUGUUGAGAAUGCAUUUCCUGUAUCGUAGUAAAAAAACACGGCAUGCCUUGCACAAUGUUUGAUUUGUCAGCAAAUUAAACGUCAGUACCUACUGAAUUAGUCAGUCUGCUUGCAUGGACAUGUUGUGUGUUUUUCACAGAUCCAUCAGUGGAGUGGGAUUUAUUUAAUUUUUUUAAACUCAAUGCCUCGUUAAUAUUUUUCCUUCGACUUAUUACACCCUCUUUGUUUUGCAUGUUGUCAUGUCACUGUGUCAAGAUUUGUCAAGUAUUAUGCCUUUUUAUUAAGCAAUUUAUCACAGGAAAAAAUGGCUCUAAGUUAAGUGUUUGUUAGCUUGUGAAUGUUGAGAAGUCAUGUAAAGUACUCAGACUGCAGCUCAUUAUUGUGAGUAUUUAAAGGUCCCUUGGUUGUCAGAUAAAAAUGAUGCUGCAAUGUCUGCAUUACUAUACAGGGACACUAAAUAUACAUUUGGUAAAUUCCCUUAUAAGAUAAGCAUAACAAUGAUGCAUAGUGUUAUGACUAGUGUUAUAAUUGUACCGCAGAAAGCUACAAUUUCACUUAAGAGCACAUAGAAUAAGCUUAAAACCAAGUGAUAAAUUACAGUAAAAUAUAGCUUAAUAGCUGUGUCUCCUUUUCAUAUUUGAUGUCGUAGCAAUUAAUGUUUCACAUGCACCUGAAUGUGAUCGUCUCAAGUCAUGUCUUGAUAAGCUACAUGUUGGUUUUUUACAGUGAUUUGUUUAUAAAAGUAAAUUACUUAACGAUUGUGUCAGACUAGCAUUUUGUAUUUUUGGCUACACUUAGCCAACUUUACAUCCGACUGGCAUUUAGACUCCAAAGCACUAACGUCACUGUUAAUUUGACCUUAAUCAUGCUAUUGAGUUUAUACCAUGCGAGCAUAGCUCCGAGUUUUGGUAGAACUUAUUUGGCAUCUGCUGUGCAUGACUUUGUGGAUGAUACUAGCUUUUGACAAAUCACAAACGAGUUGAUUCCAUUCACUAAAGAUGUUUAGUUCAUCUGCAUGGGUUUCUUCUAGUUUCCUGCAUGCCCCUUGCUUUUCUCUGGGACUGGUUUGUAGACUCUUUCGUACAGCUCUAUGAAGAAUAAAAUGUUUUGGUACCGAUUUAAUUUGUAGCGCUGAGUCUAUUAAAUCAAUCCCUUUGUGUUUUCCUGCGUCUCUCUAACUAAUACAAAAGUCUGUACUUGUUAUUCUCUUUAUUUCCCCUGCAACGGAUCAAAGAUGAUGUCUAAGAAGAUCCCCCAGUGCUCUGCACUGGAUCAGUCGGAGCUUGAUCAGCCUCCCAGUCAUUGUCAGGUGGACCGACCUGCAAAGACAGCGCUGGGGUGUAGGAACAAGGCCGAGUGCGGUCAAAGAAAUGGAGAGACUGCGUCCUCGUCCCCCGAGAGCGGCAGCUUGAAUGGAGAUGGAAAGCGCAGUGGGAAAAGUCGUCGCCGCAAGAAACGUUCAUCCGAUCCCGGGAGUCGCCCUGAUGGGAAGGCUGACACAAACACCAAGACCGAAGAGAAGCCAGACAAAAGGGCCAGCCAGCCGCCACCCGACCCCCGUGCCGACCUGAUUGGCCUGAAGUCCGAGUGUGCUAAUGUUUGGUUUGAGCGCAGCGCCUACGAGCGCGCCGAGAGCCUCUACCAGUGCUGGUUGACGAGCCCCUCCAAAGGGACCACCAAGUCAAACCGGUCACCUCCAGCCCCAGGUAAAAACUCUCAAUCUGCUGUGGCUCCGUCUUCCUCGGGAUUGGUGUGCCACCAUGUUGUCCAGGCCGUGUGGAAGAACAAGACAACCUUUGACAAGGCAGAACAACGCAACGUCGACGAGUCCGUGCCGCCGCCCAUUCCGAUCUCUCUCGACCUCCCAUCCUCGCCUAACCACUCCGUUGCAUCCAGAACCCCUGAUGAAGGAUAUCAGUCUCUCGCCCCGACACCUGCAACUCCUGUCGUCCAGCAAGCAUCUGCUACGCCGACCAAUCGCCAGUCGAUCAACGGACUGCCGCGCAUCCCAGUGGAGCUGCUCAGAGACGUGUGGCUGGAGAAACCGCUGUAUGACCGCGCCGAAGCCGCCUUCUACCAGAAUCUGUACGGUAACAAUUCCUCCAAACGAUCCAGCUGCACCUCCACUUCCAGAAGUACCGACCACCCUCAAAGCCUUGUCGAGGAGGAGGAGGAGGAACUGGCGGCGGAGGAAAAAUGGGUGGUCCCACAGGGCAAAGCAGAAGUCUUCCAUGCUCUGCUUCCGAUUCAGGAGGAAGAGGAGCCAUCUGAGGUCCCAGAGAAGGACGAAAUGUCGGGGGCCGGCUACUUCAUUCACCCAGACAGCGAGCGGGUGUGGCUGGACAAGUGGCGGUAUGACGCUGCAGAGAGCCGUUUCCAUGGUUACUAUGAGAGUAAAGCCGUGGUGAGGAAGAAGGGCCGGAGGCCAGAAGCAGCAGCAGCAGCAGCAGCUGCCUCCACCGCCCCACUGAGGGACAAGUAUGACCAAAGCGGGAGAAUGGAGUCGCUCCAGAUGUUUAAAAAACAUAUUUCAUUAUUUUAUUUUUUUUUAAUGUCCUCAUGGGUUUCCCUUUUUCUUUUGUGAAUGCGUCAACUUUGUUAUUUAAUUCGUCUUGGUUCAUUCAUUUUAUUCCUUUUUGUCUGUCUGAAGUCUUUCCGUACGACUGUCGUUUGUGUGAACCAUUGUUGCCUUUUGCCAACUUAACGUCAUCUAAAGUUUCUUUCGUAUCGUUGUGUUGGGGUGGUUUGUUUGUGGGAUGUGCAGAUAAAAGAAUACAUACAAUAUGACAUUUUAUAUAACAUUUGACAGCUAUUGCGUCAUUGGCAAUUUAGAGCAUGGUGAUUUUUAAUUAUAACUAUAAGUGGCAGUAAUAACAUAAAAUCCCACCUCUGUCCUGUUCAUACAUACUGCUCUUGUCCCCCCUUGCUC